AUGUCAUCGCAACGAAUCGCUUUCAAGGUAUCUGGAACUGUGCAGGGAGUGGGGUUCAGAGACUUCACGCAGAAGCGCGCCACCGAGUACGGCGUGAGGGGCUGGGUGAAGAACACGUACUGCGGAAGGGUCGAAGGGGAGGCGCAAGGACCCAAAGAAUCAGUGCAGAAGCUGCUCAAGGACCUCAACAAUGGACCCCGUCUAGCACAUGUGGUCAAACUGGAGCAGAAAGAGAUCGGCGUGAAGGACGGCGAAGAGAAAUUCUCAUGCUAUAAGACAUCGGAGUCGGGGUUUGCGAACAUUGAGUGAGUUGGGCUGUGUAUGGGCACGGGCAUGCCAUGGUCGCGUGUCUGUGCUUGAGAAACGCAUGGGAUCGUCAUAAAUGGGAUAGUAACAGCCCUGGUAGGAAGAUGAGUACAAUGUAAUUCCUUUUUGAAUGCGUGGUGUCGCAUAAGAUGUC